AUGGUGGUCGAGUUAAUAAGACUGCAUGAAUCUGACCACAGUGCUAUUAACAGCUGCCAUUCUCAGUGUACAGCGAAUCGAUUCAGAGUGAUUGCUGUUGAUAUUGUGGAAGUCGGUGAUCAUUUACUCCCGGUUGAUCUAUCGAAAGAAUACGGUGGACGAUGA